GCACGAACUAUCAACAAAAUGACAAUUGUGUUCUAUUUUAUUCUAUAAAAUAGGACACCAUAGGAUUGAAAUAUUAAAUAAAAUACGAUACAAGUUAUAUUUUCUUUAUAGUAAUAGUGUGAUAGUGGUAUUAGCCCAAAAUUAAGCUAGAACAUACAUUGCAUCAGCCUAUCACUUGAAUACUUGAUCCAUCCUUCCUGUUAUUCCUCUUCAAAAUUUUGGGGAUAUGGCCGGAAUUCUAUUUUUAAUUUAGAGGAGGCCAAGAAAUAAUUCACAGGCAGACAAGGUGGGGCAGUAGUACAAUAAUAAAAUGGAUAAAGAAACAUUGCAGGUUGUUACAUGAAAUGUCUUAAUUUAGAGUAAUCAUUCUUUCAAAAAUUUCCCUCCCUACCAAUUUUGUAUUUUGUAUUGUCUGUUUGUUGGUAUAAAUGGUAAUAACAUAUUCUUGUUAAUUGGAAUAAAUUGUUGGAUUUUUGUUGGGCAAAAUUCCCAAAUUCAAUAUAUGAAUAGGAUUAUUUCAGUGCAAAUGAAGUAUCAAAUCUGGAUACUUUCAACCUCCAAAUGAUUCAACCGAAAGACAUAUAAUUCCUCAUUGUUGAUAAAGUGUAAAAUUUCAGGAAUAUCUCGUUUGAACAACCUUUAUUUUCUUUGUUUCGUAACUAAGUGUUGGGCGCAACAAGAGUAAUCAUAAAUUCAUUUAACUAAGUGGGUUCUGACUUAUCUACCAUCUAUUCCGUCAACAAACUCUCGCUUGCAUAAUUUCUAAGUAACUUAAUAUCAUAAUCACAUAUGGUGAAGUCAUAAAAGAUGAUCACCAAGGGGAAAUGUUUGAAAAUUGUCCCAAAAUGAUCAUGGUGUGCUUUAAUAAACCUAGCUACCUUAUACCCAUUACUUGGGAAUUCUAGGCCACGAUCGAACGUGGCACUACAUAUUGGUGAUUAAUAUAAUAUUUGUUAAUUAAAUAUUAAAUUCAUAACCCAUAAGUCCAUUACCCAAAAAAACAAUUAUAAGGCCCAUAGUAUAGUACUUUGCGUGCUAAAUAUUAUUUACAAUAUUAUUUAUUUCAAAGGAUUAGAUAAUAUAACGAUGUAUCUAUACCAGCUUAAUUAUUUCAAACUCACGAAAAGGAUAACAAUGACAUCUAUAUCUAUCUAUCUAUAUAAUAAGAACUUUCCAAAUAAACACUUCAUGAAAUCAAAUUUUCUCUCCUCUCACGCUUUCAUGUGGAUUCGAACACACAGCCUAUUAGACAUAGAUCUUUAUAGUGCAAAGAUUCUAACCAGUAAGACAAACUCUAUUUGUUCACAUUAAUUUAAAAAUUAACUAGUAAACUCUGUCUAUAAUAUUAAUUAAUCUUUCCAAGGAAGUAAUUUAUUCAUGUUUCCAUUGCAAUUUCAGGUUUCUUACAAUACCAUAUUUAUCCACGCUUUCAUGGGAUACCGCACACUAAAGAAAUCCAAACAAACUGAUAAAGUGCCACAUGCAUUGAACAUUUAGAACAUGUUCAACAACUAUCUCAUACAAACAUUACCCGGACAACGGACCGGGUAAAAAACUAGUCAUUGUUAUUAUGAUUUUUCCUUUCAAGAGGAUGUUUUCCCCUUCCUAAUUCUUAAACCACACGCAUCACCCAUUCACCCAAGCAAUCACUCAUAUUCUCAUUGAAUGCUUUCACCCCGGUGGUUUAGAGGUGCGAGGAAACGUGAAACCAAGAAUUGGGACCUAACCAGACCAAGAUUGGACCGGAUCAAGACCGAACUGUAUCCAAUCCAAUUUUUGAUCUUUAUAUCCCAAAAAUACCGAACUGGAACCGGAUCAAUUCGGGCCAAUUUACCUGACCGGACCGUAUAGCCACCCCUAAUACCAUGUAGUUUAGACAACAAUUAAUGUCGAUGGUGGUGAGGGUGUGGUGUUGGUGGUUUUGCUUAAGAUAACAACUCUGGAAGUUGGUCACUUUAUGUUUUCUCCAUCUGUUUUUGUUUGUUUGUUUGCUUGUUUGAAAGCCUGUUGAUAGCAAAGGAUAGAUAGGUCUUUGUGUUUUUUGCUUUUCUUCUUGUUGCUGCAAUUUUUGCAGUUUUGCGGACCAGUUUUCCUUUUGUAAUAUCUGCUGUAAAAUUAAUAAAGUUAUAUAGCGGUUUUUAUAAAAAAAUAUUGACAGUCGUGUAAACUUGAACACAUGAGUUCAAGAAUAAAUCAGACUCUAAUGUUAUGUAAUAAACUAGUUGUUUCCAAUAACUAGACUUAUUGGGAGAGAUCUAUAUAUGCUCUCACUUUCUUAUAUUUGUAAAUUAAGUUCAUGCAUGCCCGCAAUGCAAUAGCAGAGAACAUACACAUGAGGUGAUUAAAGAAAAUAUUUUGGAUGAGGAUGUGUUUUACCGGCGAGAAAAUCUAGAUGAACAGAGUUGAAUUUUUGCACCUUUUUGACUUCAAAACAAACGAUUAACAAACACGGUCCACACCUCUUUGAACAAAGUUCAAACAAGGGUGUUCAAUGUUCUUGAUGAUCUACGAGGCAAACUAAAUUACAUUAACUCUACUCCUAUGGAGGUUCAGUGAGAGCUCCAUAACUACAACUAUGGCUAAAUUUGCAGAGGAAAAGAUAAAAGGAUAAAAGUUGACAUUGUGUUGUCUGGUGUGAUUUUGGCGAGACCCUUUUCUGUCAUCUUCACCUACUACUUAUAGCCAUCAGAAAGAACUGCCCCAAGAAACUGCUCUGCUGACGUGGAGUGACGGUUACCCUCUCAACUGCUAUGACGGUUACCCUGAUAUUGGAAUUGGGAUCCUCUUCAUUCUUGACCCCCUCCUAUUGAGACCUCAACCUCUGCUCUUGGCAUCUCCUCCGUAGUUUUGCUUAUCCAUAGAGUAAAAAUGGCUAAGACAUGAAGGAAGGAAUACCACGUACCACAUAUGGGCGAGUAUUUGAAUCACAUGAAUUAUAAAUGACAAAAAAUACUUCACCAUUAGUAGAGUAAAGAGACCACGUGCUCACAUGACCUCCUUGCCUUGGCCAUACCAUGGGGGUGUACGUUGGUGACCCCCUCACCAUACCAUUGGGGGCAUCCCCCAUGGGGUCAUAUGGAUCACCCUACCACUAUAUCAUCCUCAUGGGAGCUGGCGUUGGUGACCCCCACCCCCCUGAUCAUACCAUGGGGGUGCUAUGUUGGUGGUCCCCAAACCACCUCAUGGGGGUGCUCCUUGCCACCCUCAUCAUCUUCCAUACUUAGCCACAUUUUACCUCUGCCCACCGCCUUGCCACGUCCUGGGGGUGGUGGUAUGAUGCCCACCCCCCUUACCACGUCUUGGGAUCCAAAUUCGGCCAUCACCCCCCUCACCAUGUCAUUGGGGGUGGCGGUGUGGUAUGAUGGUGGCCACCCCCCUUGGUACCUCCCGGGGGUGGUGGUAUGAUGCCCACCCCCUUACCAUGUCCUGGGGUUGGCUCCCAUACUCUCCUUGCCUUAGCCAAAUUCGGCCAUCACCCCCCUCACCAUGUCAUUGGGGGUGGCGUUACGAUGCCCACCCCCCUCUGCGUGUCAUGGGGGUGGCUCCCAUACUUAGCCAAAUUUGGAGAUGCAUGGCGCGCGUGGUGGCACGGAGUAAUGAGCCCAAAAACCCAAUCCUCAUGGCUCACUCAACUGAUUUAAACUGAUAUGAUUAAGUUGGCCUUAUAAAACCAUUUAAUUCCUCGUUUUUAACCAAUGUGGUACAAGGUUAAUUUUUAUGGGUAAACAGGAUGACUGUUAACUUUAACAUCUGGGUAUAGGAUAUGUGAUGAAUAUUAUUAUCUCCACAUUACCAUUAGACCAAUUUUUUUUAGAUAAAUUCAAGAAUGUUGGUGCAAACUAAUUGCCCAAUCGCAACAUUAUAAGGAGAUAAGAUAUGUGAGUUUGCUCCAACUUAUAUAUGGAGAGCCAAGUCAACUUUUCCCUUUCCAAUUUUACUGCUUAACAGGAGCACUGUAUAAGCGAUAAGAGCUGAUUAACGAACACAAAAUGCAUGUCCCAAUAAAAUACACUUUUCAAUAGCUCAUCACAUACCUAUUAAUAAAAAAAAAAGCACAAACACAUUUUAGAACUAAACAGACUUGAAGUGGAUCUUCUAUUUCUAUACGAUAUUACCAGAUCCGUACAAACCCCAAACCGAACCAAAGUUCACCUUCAACGACCAUUGAGCGCUCAAUGCCCUCGAAUCUCAAACUUAAAAAUAGGAUUAGUUAAGGAUCUUGCCAACUUACACGACGACUUUGUUUCUUUUUCUAAUGAAAUUUCUUUCUUUUAGGAUAACAGCGCAAAAUUAAUUAAGGAUACAGCGCACAAUUUGACUAACGCUGUGAAUUAAAUAGCAUGGAUCGAUCUAGCACUUAAGUAAUUAUUAGUCCACUAAAUUAAUCAAGUAAUUAAGCAUGCAUGUUCUUAUACUUUUAUGGGGGUAUUAAUCACGUUCGAUAUGUUAGUAUACAUCUCCUGAAUGUUAAUCACCUAAAUUAAUGAAUAUUUGAAUACCGUCAGACAGACCAUCUUAUUAGCGUCGAAUAUAGAGAAAAAUGGACAAGGUGUCCGCCUAAUUCUAGAUUGGAAUUAGUCCGAAUAGUAAGUUUGAUUUGGAUGUAAUAUGGGUUGAAAUGGAUGAACAACAUCAACAAAUUAAUGUGUAUUAUUACCUAUCCGCAGUAGCGUUGGGCGAGGCAUGGUAUCUACUUCCAAUCCGCUCUGCCCCGCCACUUCCCGUUCUUAGCCCAAUCUAUAUCAAUGUUUUACGGUAUCUUUUUCAUAUUUUUCCUAUUUUGAUAUUUCUUCAAUUAGUUAAACUUGAUCUUUCAAUUAGUUAGAAUCAAUUAUCCAUUCUAUUAUCACUAUUUUCAUUUAUAAAAUGUUUCUCCCUCGUUUUAUCGUCAAAAAAUAAAAUUUUGCUUGUAUUUUUUUUUUAAAAUAACACACAAGAAUGGUCAACCCGCCCCGACCCAUAAUAAUGUGGAACGGAACAUAGGUAUUGAAGUAACCGCCCCUCCUACAACAUUGCCAUCAGUAGUUGUGCGGUGCAUCUGACUUUUUUUGCAAAGAAAAUUUUAGUUACUCGAAGGUAAAUUUGGAAGAAAUAACGAACAAAAUUUAAAUGCAAGCAGCAUAGCACAUGCAAUUCAAGAAACCCCUUAUCCAUGGCUGUUUAUGCACUCGACAUAGUACAUACCACCAAGUUUAUUCCAGGAUGAUAUAACUAAAUACAUAUAAAAUUAAUUAAUUCGAAUCAAUAAUUAUUAUUUAUCAAAAGGCGAGGUUUUUGUGUUUGUAAUAUUCUAGUGAUUUUUUUUUUCUGUUGCAGGAAGGGAUGGCAAUGUGUCUGGUUUGAAGCGGAUUGUACUAAACCUAUCCCCAUUCCCAUCCCCAUUUUCAAUUAUCAAAUUCAUAUCCUCCCCAUCCCCAGCAUCUCCAUCCCCUCGGGUUUCGGAUACCCGAGGGUAAUCCCCUCCCCGUACAUCUGAUUAUGAUUAUAACUAAAUUAACACACUCGAAUUCAAUAAAAUAUAUAAGUAUUGGGUUGAAACAUCAAACCUAAUCAAUGAUGAACCUAAUAAAGAACCAGUGGUAAUCUUAAUUAGAUCAUCCAACUCUUAUGAAGUUCCAUAAACAAAAAACCAAUAAAUAAUCCAACACCAAAUUAUUCAUCUCAAAAACACCUCCUAAACAAUAAAAAUCUACACAUAAAAGUCAAAUUAUCCUCCAAAGUUCUUCUUUCGUAGAGAAACAAAGUCUAUUAAUCAUUAUAAAAAAAAAGUAUAUUAAUGAUGAAAAAACAUAAAAAUUGCCACUUACAACUCCUACGUUACAGUAGUUAUAUUUUAUAAUAUAUGACAUAAAUAAUGAUGGGGUGAAUAUGGGUAUGGGUAUGGGCGGAGGCACUCAAAUCCAUCCCCGUCCCAUAAAUAAUGAUGGGGUGAAUAUGGGUAUGGGUACGGGGCGGAGGCACUCAAAUCCAUCCCCGCUCCAUACCCACAAGCUUCUUUGCGGGUAUUACCCGUAUCCGCCCCAUACCCAAUCAAUGCGGGGAUUCCCCUCGUUGACCGGAUUGGGUAGGAUCGAAUAACCACGAUUAGGGCUAUAAAUGCCAUCCCUAUAUGUUGGUACUCCCCAGAUUUAGUAGACUCCGUUGCCACAAAGUGACACGUAAGGUUGAGGUUUCUGGAUAAUAAUAAUUUUUUUUCCUUGGACCAUAACAAAAAAUAUAUAUUAAGAAUGUCUUUCCUUCCCUUAUUAUAAUUUGUCGUGAAAUUGUACUUUCUCCAACUAACCCUUUCUGUCCAGAGAAGAGAACAUGUGUAGUACUACUAUUGGAUUGAGGAUUAAAAAGGAGAUGAUCAAACACUCAUGGCCAAGAAAAACUCGAUAGAAUUUGUGCAUUUCGUCAAUGCUCGAAAGUGGUCACACUUUCUCUAAUUUAAAAUAAUUUCAACCACGCUCUUAAAGGGGUAUCAAUCCAGUUGAGUUUCUAAUGAACUCAUCUUUCCAAAAUAAAAAAUAAAAAUUCAGUUGAGUUUAAUUAAUCUUUAUUUCAAUGGAUUUUGUUCUAUCGUAUUUAGAGUAAAUCUUCAGAUAUCACAUAUUUUUAGUAAAAGAAUGUUAUCAUACCUCAAAUUAAUGAGAUUUGAGUACACAGAAUCCUUAAUGAAUGAAUUUUAGGUCU